GAGAGCGGGGUUUGGUUUGGAGGCUGAGGGAGAGACAGUGAAGCUGAGCGCAGAAGAAGAAACAGCAGCAUCAUUAAGAGAAGGAGAAGAAGAGUAAGAGGAAGGAGAGGAGGAAGAGGCUCAUCAGUCGCUAAUCACUGACAGCUGCUCAGGAUUUUAGGCAUUCUUCCCCCUCAUCCUCUCUGGCCUGACAGACCCACCAGCCCAUCACCAUGAACUACCUUCGCCGGCGCCUCUCAGACAGCAGCUUUGUGGCCAACCUUCCCAAUGGCUACAUGAUGGAUCUGCAGAGGCCGACCCCUCCAGGUUCAUCCACCUCCUCUCCCGCUUCCCCGGCCACAGAGAGGCGGCAGCCACCAAGCAUCCCGAGCCAGACCCAGGUCUCAGGUUCAAGCUCUGGCUCUGGCUCAGCUGCAGGUUCAGGUUCAGGCUCAGGUUCAGGCUCAGGAGUGGGUUCGGGCUCGGGCUCAGCUUCAGGAACAGGGAGCUUCCUCAGUUCCUUCUCCAGUGUAGUGAAGAGUGCUCAGAUGGCCCAGAAUGUCGCUGCUGCUGCACAUGCCAAAUCAGCUGCAGCGGCAUCAGCUGAGGGCGUCUCAGCAGGAAACUGUCAGCCCGCCAAGCCUGCCGUACGCAAGCCCAAGAUCCUGCUGGUGAUUGAUGAUCAACACACAGACUGGGCCAAGUACUUCAGAGGGAAGAAGCUGAAUGGAGAGUACGAGAUCCGAGUGGAGCAGGCUGAGUUCUCCGAGAUCAACCUGGCCUCCUACGUCAACUCGGGGUGUAUGGUGGACAUGCAGGUCAACAAAGGUGGCACUAAAGUGGUCAGGUCCUUCAAGCCAGACUUUGUCCUGAUUCGUCAGCACGCCUACAGCAUGGUCCCCGGUGAGGACUUCAGGAACCUUGUGAUCGGCCUGCAUUUUGGUGGCGUCCCAAGUAUCAACUCCGUCUUCUCUAUCUACAACUUCUGCAGCAAACCUUGGGUGUUUUCUCAGAUGAUUAAACUCUACCACUCCUUGGGUCCUGAGAAAUUCCCCCUGAAUGAACAAACCUUCUAUCCCAACCACAUGCAGAUGGUUUCAACUCCCUCCUACCCUGUGGUGGUCAAGAUGGGGCACGCUCACGCUGGUAUGGGAAAGAUCAAAGUGGAAAACCAGCAGGACUUCCAGGACAUCACCAGUGUGGUGGCUCUGGCCGGGACCUACGUCACCACCGAGCCCUACGUCCUGUCCAAGUACGAUAUCCGCAUCCAGAAGAUCGGCAACAACUACAAGGCGUACAUGAGAACAUCUAUUUCUGGCAACUGGAAGGCAAACACAGGCUCAGCCAUGUUGGAACAGAUCGCAAUGACUGACCGAUAUCGCUUGUGGGUGGACUCCUGUGCCGAGAUGUUUGGUGGCCUUGAUGUCUGUGCGGUGAAGGCUGUCCACGGAAAAGACGGCAAAGACUAUAUCAUCGAGGUGAUGGACAGCUCAAUGCCUCUGAUUGGUGAACAUGUGGAGGAAGAUAAACAGCUCAUCACAGAGGUGGUCCUCAGCAAGAUGGCCCAGGUGCUUCUGGGAGUGUCCACACCUCAGCCGUCUUGUGUCAAGACUACACAGCCCAGACGAGUUUCUGCCACAGGGGGACACCGCUCCUCUUCCACCUCUCCAUCCCAGUCGGCGCAGGGUUCACCUCAGCGAGCCCGGUCAGCCACCACCUCUCCCAGUCAGGCCUUCCAGCCUGGACCCAUCCCUGCCCCCUCUGGUCCUGGAUCUCAGAAACAGUCACCACAGCUAAACAAAUCCCAGUCACUGACCAACACCUUCACAGAGACGUUACGCGGGAGCCUGACCGACGACGAGGCUAAAGCCGAGACCAUCCGCAGCCUCCGACAGUCCUUCGCCAGCCUCUUCUCUGACUAAGAACUUUCCCGGGAGCUUCCUCUUCCUGUUAAUCAUCAGAUGUCAACAGCAAUACUCUUAUCUGAAAACAGUCGCAGUCUAACCCACGAGAACCUGAACCCGCACGCUUCACCAGCGAUCUUCGCCAGCAGCCGCGUUUUCUCACACGUACCUGUGCUGUAGACACAUAUUGGUUUUACAUAGUUGAAUCCUUGAAUCCUUAAAACUACCAAAGUGCUUUUUAAUAACGUGAAAUAAAAAAAAAGAGAGAAAAGAAAAAUCCCCACCUGCACUGGGUCAGGAAAACAAUCAGACAGCCAUCAAACCCAUGCGCUUGUGAUUUCACAUGGUGCAAUCUGCUGAACGGGCUCUCACAGCCGUCGUCUUCCAUCACAGCUCAGAUCGUCCCCUGCACUCACUCUUCUGUCUGAUGCGCUGAGAAGCACAGUGGAGGAAGUUUGUGGGGGGCUUGUAAAAUAAGAACUACUUGAGGUGAAUUCUGAGAUGUUUAAUGUGCUUGAAAUAGUUGUGUAACGCUGCUUCUUAUAUCCUCAUCCUCUUUAUGCUCUUAAAGUGUCAGCUGGGAUUGGAGUUAAUUCAUCAUCAUUCUUCUUUAUCUUUUGCCUUUGUGUGUGUUUGUGUUUUUGCAUUUCUUUAGGACCUUUUCUGGCAUAUACACUGACCUUGUCAGGACCAAUUGUCCUCAUGGAGACUAAAACCUUGUCCUAAUGAGGCAGAACCUCUUUUCUGAAGAGCUGGUUAAAUUUAGGGCUUAGAUGAGAAUUGUGAGAAUGAGAAAUGUUUACGAUUAAGCAUUAAUGGUUAUGGUUAAUGUUUACGAUUAAGCAUUAAUGGUUAUGGUUAAGUUUAGGGAUGAUGGGUUAUGCUGUCUUAAGAAGAAUAGCUGUGCAAACCUGUGUGUGGGUGUGUUCUUGUAUGGGUGGCUUUGUGAGGACCAAAACAUUUAUUAUCCAUAUGAAGUGAAGGAAUUUUGGGAAAGUGAUGAAAUAUUGGCUGGUCCUCACAUCUUUAACUGGCUUUUGGGGGUUUAAGACCUGGUUUUAGAGAAAUAAUUGAGUUUAGUUUAGGCAUUUAGGGUAAGGUUCUAAUGAAUGCAUUAUCUCCAGGAGGGUCCUCCCUAUGAAUUCUGCGCAAACGUGUCUGUGUGUACGUGUGUUUUAUCUGCAUUGAGAGAAGCUACAGACGCUGCUCUAACAAAUCCUGCUUUGGAACUGCAUGGAAAUGAAUGUACUUGACAGAAAACCAACUCAAGCUCAUGAUUAACUAGUCUUGUUUUACAGCAACUGUAAUUUAUUUCUAAUUUCCUGGGAAGAAUGAGGAAAUUAUGCAAAUUCAGUGAUUGCUUAAUGAUAUAAUUAUCACUCAGGUGUUAAACACAAAUGUUAAAAGGCAGCCACAGCCCAGUUGAAAUCUUGUAAACAUAAUUCUAAUCAACACAAAAGUGUAGAGGAUGCAUUAUUUUGAAUCAGACCUUUCAUUGUUGAGGCUACAAAACAGAAGGUUACAUAAAUUGUUCAUAAUUAUCCAUCCGUGUGGAUAUAACAAUUUGCAAAGCAACUUUUUUAAUUUAAUAACAAAUAGGUUUUAACGUAAUUUCAUGUUGUCACUAAGAUGAAAAUGUCAAAUCUUAUUAAUUUAUUUUUAAUGGUCUCUCAUGGCCAACCUGCAGUAACUGCAGGACCCACUGCCCUCACUGAAGUCCAAUUUAAUUGGAAUCGCUUUCAGGUUAACCUUCUAUUAUGUUCAAUUCUUUUAUUCUAUUAUUUUGAAGCUGUAAACUUCUAUUUUAUUAUUUAGCAUAUUUGAUAUUAAUUUAUUAUCAGCACCAAAUUACAUCUUUUACAGGAAAUGUUACAAUAGAAAAUUGCAAGAAUUUGAUUGAAAUAUAUAUUUUUUUUCCCCAGAAAAACAUUCCCUGUAAUCGUGGUGAAGAAAGAGAGUGAAGGUUUCUUUUCAGGCAGAGAAAAACCAAACCGUUUUGCAGGAAAUGAAUGAGAUGUGAGGUAGGUAGGUAGGUAGGUAGGUAGGUAGUUGGCUCCUUGAUUAUCUGAGCUACAAACUCAAUAAGCCCAGAUGUGUUUUAUGAUUUUUUUUCUUCUUUCUCCAAUUUGGUUUAAAGGGACCUGGACAUACUAGAAAAUCAUAAAAUGCAGUAAGUGUAUCUGUUAGUAGUAUUCAGUCAUUUAAAUGGACUUGUCCUGGCUCCGAAGUCGGAAGUUUUCAUUGUUAUGUUAUCAAUAAUAAGAAUAAUAAAAAUAAAAUAUGGUCCUAGUUUUUAAAAAAAUAUUCAAAUGCAUGAAGCUGUACAAAAUGUAUAGUAGUGUAUGUGUGUGUGUACAGUUGUAAACUUCUGUUUGUAAUAAUUCUAUCACUAAACAACUGCCCUUCUUUGCAAUAAUUAUGUUAAUAAUAAAAAUAUGAAUUACCCCAUUGUUAUUUAAGCUUAAAACCUUAAGAGCUUCAAGGUUGUUGCUUUUUGUGGGGAGAUUUUUCGUCCGGUGUAACUGGUGGUAACUUUAAAAAAAAAAAGAAGCAAAAAAGUUUGGUUUAUUGCACUAAAAAGCUCAGUAUGUGUUAGCUCGAGACAAUGCACACAACACUGCUCAUAACCAACAACUGCACUAAGCAAUGAUGUGUGUGUGUGUGUGUGUGUGUGUGUGGAGCUACACACGGUCAGCUGUUUGUGUAGUUGCUAAGUUGAGUUGCUAAGUCUGUAUUUAAAAUGUCUGUUUGACUUUUCAUGUCACAACAGUAAACGGUUAUAACGUUAGUGCUAGCUGGUUCCAUGACGGAAUGCUAAAAACACUGUAGUGCUGAAAGCUCCUUUAACUCUGAAGUCAUCUUACUGUAAUGUAAGCAGCUGUACGCGAGUUAACACUGCUAAUAUUUACAGCUAUUGUCAGAAUGUUUCAUUUGUCCUUUAUAUUUAAAGCUGCUGUCAGUGAAAUGUACUUUUUGGCUAACGUCCUGUCCUGUCUGUUGUAUCGUAAGCAUUACUUUCCUUCCUCCUUAUGUCACCUCAUGAACAUAUUUGAUGACUGAGGAGCAUUUAUUCAACGGCUAACAGAUUUUUUUUGCCCAAUUUUACCCAUGAUUCAUAGUUGGGCAGAGUCUGUGUAGUGUUUGAGCUAAAUGCUUAUUUUCAUAAUGUGCUUUGUUUGGCCAGCACUUGCGCUAACACCCGCAAGGUGCACCAUGAGCAAAAUGAAGCAUUAGACCCACAAUGCAGUUCUGCGUCACUUUAUUCCACUCCCUUUUAAGUGAAUGAUGAGCCUUUCAAUUCAGUAUGUAUAAUAGAAAAUAUUAUUCAUUGAAGCCACUGCGGGGAGAACGUGUUCUGGGUAAAACAAUGAACCAAUGUCCAAUAUGUAGUUUUAACUUAAACUUAAACUUAGCACAUUUAAAACACAGUUCAAUCCAUAAAUAAUCACAGGCAAGUUUACAUUCAGUAGUUUCUGUUUCAAAACACAAUUUACACCCCCUUGAGAUGUGAUGGUUGCUUUAAACUGACAGCAGCUUUAAACUGUGUAGUUUUAGAGUCAGCAAACGAUCACUCAGCCUGUUCACCUCUAAACACCAGGAAGUGUGCGCAAGUGAUCUUGUCUUUUAUUGCCUUUUUACUAAUCCUGUGAGUGUUGUGUUCAUACAGUGGGUACUAAUACAUCUGAGUGUAGUCUCUGAGUUAAUGCCGUGUUUUGCCUUUGGCACCAUGUCAAAAUGGACCAAAUUAGCAUAUUGUUGUUGUUGUGAGAGCCCACUGAUGGUUAAAGUCCCAUUCUUUUCUUCUCAUUAUAAAGAUGCCUACCACUUAUAUACUGCAGUGUGAUAAGCCAUAAACAAAAGCAUGAGGAUUUUUACUACAGCUGUGACAUUACUGAGGAACUGACUUUGAUCACUGUGUCUGUUACCUUUAAAGGCGUUCAGUGGCCUGUCCUGCACAGCCACUGAUGUAUCAGUGAAUUCACCACACAGUUGAAUAAUUUAAGUCGGGGUUAACGCUGAUGUCAUGUUUCACAGCUCUUCUGCACUAAUGGGUUUAAAAAGGAGUUGAGGUUCUAGUUGUUGCUGCGUGUGCUCAUCUCUGAGGUCAGAUUAUAAUCACUGAGUGGAUGAUUUCCGCUAAUCACGUGUGUGUGUGUGUGUAUCUCUGGCUCAGCUGCUGUGUAGUCUCUCAACACACCUGCUAAUGUAUUUGAUUGGACCGUAUUUGAACUGAGCUGCAAAGUUUACUAUCGUAACUACCUCAAGUUCAGCAGUGCUCUGCAGAAACUGACUGUAGAGUGGUAGUACUGGAAGAUUUUGUGAAAUGAGCAGCGUUUUUAGACGCGUUUGAUUGGCGGGCUGUAGAAGAACAUUAGUGUGUUUAUAUGUUUUUGUUUGUGACAUCAACCUGAGGAAGAGCGACCAAGAUUUCCUCCAAUAUUCAAACGUUUGCAUGCAGCUGCUCAGUUACUCACUCACUCACUCACUCACUCACUCACUCACUCACUCCACCAACAUCUUCUUGAACUAUAACUAUACAUUUGUCUUCUCAAAUAUGUUCAUGAUCAUUUUCAAGUUACAAUUUGCAAAAUAUUACUCUCUUUAUGUCCUAAGAUGCCCUCUAAAGAAGCAGUUUUAAGGGUCAGGUCAUACUUUCCGCAUCGCCAUGAUAUACAUUUCCGCACAGGUCAACUCAGACCCUGAGUGGACACCUCCAGUUUGAUUCAGCACAGAGCGUAACAUCGACUGUAGCACAAUGCUUUGCAGUCCAGUAGGUAGCUGGUCAAAAAAAACAACAAAGAAGAUGGUAACCAUGGAAACUUGCUUGAGUUCAAAUGAGGAAGUCUGCUCGUCGUUUAAAGAAUGCAAGGACAUAAAAUGAGGGUAUUUCCUAGUGAGAAAUAGUCCCUACUAAAAUUGAUGAGAAUACAUGUGUGCUGACACUAGAUUGACACGGAC